AUGCGGCCCCAACGGGAAUACCAUAUCGUCGUUUUAGGUGCUGGAGGUGUGGGAAAGAGCUGUCUUACUGCUCAAUUCGUGCAAAAUGUCUGGAUUGAGAGUUAUGACCCUACAAUCGAGGAUUCAUACCGGAAGCAGAUCGACGUGGAUGGCCGGCAAUGUAUUCUGGAAAUACUGGACACUGCAGGAACAGAACAGUUCACGGCCAUGAGAGAGUUGUACAUGAAACAAGGCCAAGGGUUUCUGCUCGUAUUUUCGAUUACGAGCAUGUCCUCGCUGAACGAGUUGUCCGAGCUCCGCGAACAGAUAAUCCGCAUCAAGGAGGAUGAGAAAGUUCCCAUUGUCAUUGUGGGCAACAAGUCCGACCUGGAAGAGGACCGCGCCGUGCCACGCGCGCGCGCAUUCGCCCUCUCCCAAACCUGGGGAAACGCUCCUUACUACGAAACGUCGGCCCGUCGACGAGCCAACGUCAACGAAGUCUUCAUUGACCUCUGCCGACAGAUCAUCCGAAAGGACUUGCAAGGAAACUCCAAGGGCUCCGACUCAGAUCGCAAACGGGAAGGUGGCAAUCGGCAGGACCGUCGAAAGGACAAAAAGCGCCAGACCCGGCGUAAGGGUCCCUGCGUGAUCCUAUAA